AUGGGCAACGAGGCCAGCCUGGAGGGCGGCGCCGGCGAAGGGCCAGUGCCUCCCGGCGGCCCCGGUCCCGGCCCCGGCCCGGGCCCCGGUGCAGGGAAGCCGCCUUCAGCACCGGCCGGCGGCGGACAGCUCCCCGCGGCGGGCGCUGCGCGGGCGGCCGCGGGACCACCGGGCCCCGGACCCGGCCCAGGCCCGGGCAGGUAAGCGCCCGGGCCUGGGCCCGCGGACGUCUCCAGGAGACUGGACCCCAAGGAGCCCCUGGGCAGCCAGCGAGCAGCUUCGCCAACCCCGAAGCAGGCUCCUGGGUCUGCUCCCGGCCACGAGAGCCCCCGGGAGGCAGGGGCCCCGGGCCCGGCCGGCCAGGAGGCUGGUGGCCCCCGCAGGACGCUGCAGGUGGACAGCAGGACGCAGAGGUCAGGGCGGUCCCCCUCCGUGUCACCAGACAGAGGCAGCACCCCCACGUCACCUUACUCCGUCCCCCAGAUCGCCCCCCUUCCCAGCAGCACACUGUGUCCCAUAUGUAAGACCUCGGACCUCACGUCGACCCCCAGCCAGCCAAACUUCAACACCUGCACGCAGUGUCACAGCAAGGUCUGCAACCAGUGUGGGUUCAACCCCAACCCGCACCUGACCCAGGUGCAGGAGUGGCUCUGCCUGAACUGCCAGAUGCAGCGGGCUCUGGGGAUGGACAUGACCACGGCGCCGCGCUCCAAGAGCCAGCAGCAGCUGCACUCCCCCGCCAAACAGCCCCUGGGGAGGCCGGAGCAGGAGCGGCCCCGGGGCCCCGGGGGGCCACAGCCUGGGCCCCGCCAGGCCGAGACGGCCAAGGCCACCACAGUGCCGGGACCUGCCCAGGCGGCUGCCCCUCCCGAGGGGGGGAAGGUGUCUCCUCAGCCCCCUCACCCCAUCAAGCCUUCCACAGCGGAGCCCCGGCCCCCUGCGGGAGAGGCCCCGGGCAGAAGUGCCACCGCGGUGCCCUCCGGGCCUGGUGCUGCUGAGCAGGCCCAGGAGGGCCUCACCGGGAAGCUCUUCGGUCUCGGCGCGUCGCUGCUGACCCAGGCGAGUACCCUCAUGUCCGCGCAGCCUGAGGCCGACGCCCAGGGCCAGCCUGCCGCCGGCAAGGGGCCACCCAAGAUCGUCUUCAGUGAUGCCAGCAAGGAGGCUGGCCCGCGACCCCCAGGCUCAGGGCCCGGGCCUGCAGCUGGAGCCAAAGCUGAGCCUGCAGCCAGGGCAGGUCCCACAUCGGGGCCUGGAGCCCUGGCGAGAACUGGGGGGACACCCAGCCCAAAGCAUGGCCGAGCAGAACAGCAGGCAGUGCCCAAGGCUGCUGCCAAGCCAAAGGCCACGCCGAAGGACAGGCCCACCUGCCCACUGUGCCAAGCCGAGCUCAACGUGGGCGGCAAGGGCCCAGCCAACCACAACACCUGCACCGCCUGCGGGCUCCAGGUGUGCAACCUCUGUGGCUUCAACCCGACGCCCCACCUGGCGGAGAAAUCCGAGUGGCUCUGUCUCAACUGCCAAACUAAGCGACUGCUGGAGGGCAGCCUGGGGGAGCCAGCCCCCCACCCACCGCCCGCCUCGCAGCAGCCCCCCGCCGGGGCCCCUCACCGUGCAGCCGGAACAGCCCCUCCGAAGCAGAAAGGGCCCCAGGGGCCGGGCCAGCCCUCAGGCCCCCUGCCCGCCAAGGCCGGCCCCCAAGCAAAGCCCCUCAGGGCUUCUGAGCCCAGCCGGACCCCGAGCAGCGCCCAGGAAAAGAAGACGGGGGUCCCGGCUAAAGCGGAGCCUGUGCCGAAACCACCUCCAGAGACUGCCCUGCCCCCUGGGACUCCUAAGGCCAAGGCCGGGGCGCGGAGGACCGAGCCCGCCGCCCCUGCCGUCACGGCUGUUCCAGAAGCCCCCAAGGGCGGGGAGGCCGAGGAGCUGGUGGGCAGGCCUUACUCCCAGGACCUGUCCCGGAGCCCACAGAGCCUCAGCGACACGGGCUAUUCUUCGGACGGCGUCUCCAGCUCCCAGAGCGAGAUCACCGGUGUGGUGCGGCAGGAGGGGGAGCAGCUGGACAGCGCAGGGGUGACCGGGCCCCGCCCGCCCAGCCCCUCCCAGCUCCACAAGGCGGGCAGUGUGCGGCCUUCCCUGCAGGCCCAGGGCCCAGCCUCCAGUGGCGAGCGGAGCAAGGUGCCCCGCAGCAGCGCUGAGGAGCAGAAGCGGCGGCCCCACUCCCUGUCCAUCAUGCCCGAGGCCUUCGACUCCGAUGAGGAGCUGGAGGACAUCCUGGAGGAAGAGGAAGACGCUCUGGAGUGGGGGCGCCAGCGGGAGCAGCAGGACACGGCCGAGUCCUCGGACGACUUGGGCAGCCAGCUGCGGCACGACUACGUGGAGGACAGCAGUGAGGGCGGCCUGUCCCCGCUCCCUCCCCAGCCCCCAGCCCGGGCGGCAGCAAUGACCGACGAGGAGUUCAUGCGGCGGCAGAUCCUGGAGAUGAGCGCCGAGGAGGACAACCUGGAGGAGGAGGACGCGGCCACCCCCAGGCACGGCCUGGCCAAACACGGCACCCCGAAGGGCGGCCCCAGGCCCAGGCCCGAGCCCAGCCCAGAGGCAGCGGCUCUGCCCACGCGGCGCCUGCCCCACCACGCCACCACGGGCUACGAGGAGCUGCUCGCCCUUCCCGAGGGGGGCCCCGCCGAGGCGGUCGACGGCACCGGGACCCUGCAGGGCGGGCUCCGCCGCUUCAAGACCAUCGAGCUCAACAGCACGGGCAGCUACGGCCACGAGCUGGCCCUGGGCCCGGGCGCCGACCCCGGCCUGGACCGCGAGCCCGAGCUGGAGAUGGAGAGCCUGACGGGCUCGCCCGAGGACCGCUCCCGCGGGGAGCACUCCUCCACGCUGCCCGCCUCCACGCCCAGCUACACCUCGGGCACCUCGCCCACCUCCCUGUCUUCCCUGGAGGAGGACAGCGACAGCAGCCCCAGCCGCAGGCAGCGCCUGGAGGAGGCCAAGCAGCAGCGCAAGGCCCGGCACCGCCCCCACGGGCCCCUGCUGCCCACCAUCGAGGACUCCUCGGAGGAGGAGGAGCUGCGGGAGGAGGAGGAGCUGCUGCGCGAGCAGGAGAAGAUGCGGGAGGUGGAGCAGCAGCGCAUCCGCAGCACCGUCCGCAAGACGCGGCGCGACAAGGAGGAGCUGCGGGCCCAGCGCCGGCGCGAGCGCUCCAAGACGCCGCCCAGCAACCUGUCGCCCAUCGAGGACGCCUCCCCCACGGAGGAGCUGCGGCAGGCGGCCGAGAUGGAGGAGCUGCACCGCUCCUCCUGCUCCGAGUACUCGCCCUCGCCCUCCCUGGACUCGGAGGCUGAGGCCCUGGACGGCGGCCCCGCCCGGCUCUACAAGUCAGGCAGUGAGUACAGCCUGCCCACCUUCAUGUCCCUCUACUCGCCCACCGAGCCGUCCGCGGGCAGCUCCGGCACCCCCAGCGCCGGCCGGCCCCUCAAGAGCGCCGAGGAGGCCUACGAGGAGAUGAUGCGGAAGGCCGAGCUGCUGCAGCGGCGGCAGCAGGGCCAGGCGGCGGGGGGCCGGGGGCCCCAGGGUGGCCCCUCUCAGCCCGCAGGCCCCCGGGCCCAGGGCUCCUUUGAGUUCCAGGAAGCCCCGGAGCGUGACUACGGCCGGGCUGCCCCGCUGCCCGUGGAGGGCACGCCCGCUGGCCUGGGCGCCGCCGUGUACGAGGAGACCCUGCAGACGGCCCAGAGCCCGGCCCGCGUGCGGCAGGCCUCCCGAGCCCUGGCCUUCGCCGAGGACAAGAAGGAGAAGCAGUUUCUGAACGCGGAGAGUGCGUACGUGGACCCCACGAAGCAAAACGGCGGCCCGCUCACCCCGGGCACCAGCCCCACCCAGCUCGCUGCCCCCGUGCCCUUCACCGCCACCUCCUCCGACGGCAGUGGCGGCCGCGUCAUUCCUGACGUCCGAGUUACCCAGCAUUUUGCAAAGGAGCCCCACGGCUCUCCCGCCUCCCCCGGCUCCGCCUCCCGGGAGGCCAGCACACCCUUUCCCCCGGGCCCUGCGGCCCCAGCCACCGCGGCUCCUCGGGGGCAUGUGCCUUCGGCGUCGCCUGCAGGCCCCGAGCGCAGCCCCUCACCGUCUGCCACAGCCCACAGCUACGGGCAGAGCCCGGCCACUGCAAACUACGGAUCCCAGACGGAGGAGGUGCCCCCGGCGCCCAGAGAGAAGCCCCCGCGUGUGAGUGACGGCAAGGGCGGCCCCGCCCCGCCCGCCCAGGGAUAUGCCUAUUUCUCGGGCUCCAGCCCACCGCUCUCCCCAUCUUCUCCCUCAGAGAGCCCCACCUUCUCCCCCGGCAAGCCGGGCCCCAGGGCCACAGCCGAGUUCUCUACACAGACGCCAAGCCUGACCCCUGCCUCGGACAUGCCACGGAGCCCUGGCGCCCCCGCCCCCAUGGUGGCGCAGGGCACCCAAACGCCACACGGGCCCGGCGCGCCCCGCCCGGCCUGGCAGCAGUCCUCUCGGGAGGCCCCCUUCAUGGUCAUCACGCUGGCCUCCGCGGCCUCCAGCCAGACCAGGAUGGUGCAUGCCAGCGCCUCCACCUCCCCGGUGUGCUCCCCCACCGGCACGCAGCCCACCCCCCACGGUGCGUCUCCGCUGCCCUCAGAGCCUCCUGGGCCGCCUGGCUUCCCGCGGGCAGCCAGUGCCGGUGCGGACGGGCCCCUGGCGCUGUACGGCUGGGGCGCCCUGCCUGCCGAGAACAUCUCCCUGUGCCGGAUCUCCUCCGUCCCGGGAACGUCCAGGGUGGAGCCCGGCCCCAGGCCCCCUGGCAGUGCCGUGGUGGACCUCCGCACGGCCGUCAAGCCCACGCCCAUCAUCCUCACUGACCAGGGCAUGGACCUGACCUCUCUCGCCGUGGAAGCGAGGAAGUACGGCCUGGCGCUGGACCCGGGCCCCGGGCGGCAGUCCACAGCGGUGCAGCCUCUGGUCAUCAACCUCAACGCCCAGGAGCAGACCCAGGCCUUCCUCGGCACGGCCACCACCGUGAGCAUCACCGUGGCCUCGUCGGUGCUCCUGGCCCAGCAGAAGCAGCCUGUCUAUGGGGACCCCUUCCAGAGCCGCCUCGACUUCGGCCAGGGGGCAGGUAGCCCCGUGUGCCUGGCCCAGGCCAGGCAGGUGGAGCAGGCCGUCCAGACGGCCCCGUACCGAGGCGCGCCCCGGGGAAGACCCAGGGAGGCCAAGUUUGCCAGGUACAACCUGCCCAGCCAGGGGGCGCCUCUGGCCAGAAGAGAAGUUUUGAUCACUCAGGUGGGCACAGCUCAGAGCGCUGGCCUCAAGCCGGGCCCUGUGCCAGAGCUGGGUGCCAGGAAGCCACACACCGUGCUGGUGCAGAUGGCAGAGGGCGCAGCAGGCACUGUGACCACGCUGCUCCCGGAGGAGCCGGCGGGCGCCGUGGACCUCACGGGGAUGAGGCCCGAGAGCCAGCUGGCGUGCUGCGACGUGGUCUACAAGCUCCCCUUCGGCAGCAGCUGCACGGGCGCUUUCCACCCCGCCCCCAGCGCCCCCGAGGAGCGCGGGGCCGACGCUGCCCCACGGGCCCAGAGCAGCGGCCCCUUCUACGGUCCGCGCGAGCCGGAGCCUCCCGAGCCCUCCGCCUACCGGGCCCAGGGGCUCGCGGGGCUCGGGCCCCCUGAGGAGCAGAGGCCCUACCCACUGGGCCUCCCAGGCAGGCUGUACUCCUCCAUGUCCGACACCAAUCUGGCUGAGGCCAGCUUCAACUACCACGCCCACAGGAUGGGGCAGCUCUUCCAGGGCCCGGGGCGAGACGCGGCCGUGGACCUCAGCUCGCUGAGGCAGUCCUACAGCCUGGGCUUUGCGGACGGGCGCUACCUGGGGCAGGGCCUGCAGUACGGCUCCUUCACGGACCUGCGCCACCCCACAGACCCCUUGCCUCACCCGCUGCCCAUGCGGCGCUACAGCUCCGUGUCCAACAUCUACUCAGACCAGAGGUACGGCCCCCGGGGGGAAGUCGCGGGCUUCCGGGAGGCCAGCCUGGCCCAGUACAGCGCCACCACAGCCCGCGAGAUCAGCCGCAUGUGCGCGGCCCUCGACUCCAUGGACCAGUACGGAGGGCGGCGUGGCGGUGGCGGUGGCGGCCCUGACCUCACGCAGUACCAGCCCCAGCCUGGGCCUGGGCUCAGUGCCCCGCAGGGCCUGGGCCCACUCAGACCUGGCCCCUUCGGGAACCCCACCUUCCCGGAGGCCCACCCGAACCCUGGGGUCCUGCCCCAGUACAGGCCUGCAGCCCAGGGCGCGGCCGUCCGACAGCUGCUGCCGUCCACGGCCACGGUGCGUGCCGCCGACGGCAUGAUCUACUCGACUAUCAACACCCCGAUUGCAGCCACACUGCCCAUCACCACCCAGCCCGGCUCGGCGCUGCGGCCCCUGGUGCGUGGCGGCAUGUACCGGCCCUACACAUCGGGCGGGGUCACGGCUGUGCCGCUCAGCAGCCUCACACGCAUGCCUGUGACUGCCCCCCGGGUGCCCCUGUACCGAUAUCCUGCACCAAGCAGGUUCCCGGCAUCCAGCGUGCCGCCUGCCGAGGGCCCCGUCUAUCUGGGGAAACCUGCUGCUGCGAAGGCGCCCGGGGCCGGGGGCCCAGCGAGGCCAGAGCCACCGGGAGGGGCCGCCCGGCAAGAGCCUCUUUCCACAGCCGGGCCUGCUGCUGCCAAGGAGGCGGCAGCCGCCCUGGCCCCGGCCCCCCCGGCCGGCCAGAAGCCAGCAGUAGAUGCUGCUCCUGCGGGCGGCAGUGCGGGCCCCGGCCGGCCGGGAGGAGAGGAAGCGUCGCAGGAGGAGAGGCAGCGGAAGCAGCAGGAGCAGAUGCUGCAGCUUGAGCGGGAGCGCGUGGAGCUGGAGAAGCUGCGGCAGCUGCGGCUGCAGGAGGAGCUCGAGCGGGAGCGCGUGGAGCUGCAGAGGCACCGGGAGGAGGAGCAGCUGCUGGUGCAGCGGGAGCUGCAGGAGCUGCACACCAUCAAGCACCACGUGCUGCAGCAGCAGCGGGAGGAGCGCCAGGCCCAGCUCGCCCUGCAGCGGGAGCAGCUGGCGCAGCAGCGCCUGCAGCUGGAGCAGAUCCAGCAGCUGCAACAGCAGCUGCAGCAGCAGCUGGAGGAGCAAAAGCAGAGGCAAAAGGCCCCCUUCCCCGUGGUCUGUGACGGACCCGGCCGAGGGCCUCCCCCCGCGGCCACCGAGCUGGCUCAGAAUGGCCAGUACUGGCCGCCCCUGACCCACGCGGCUUUCAUCGCCGUGGCUGGACCCGAGGGGCCGGGGCAGCCCCGGGAGCCCGUGCUGCACCGCGGCCUCCCCAGCUCCGCCUCGGACAUGUCGCUGCAGACCGAGGAGCCGUGGGAGGCCGGCCGCAGUGGCCUCAGGAAGCGGCACUCGAUGCCACGGCUGCGGGACACCUUCGAGGCGGAGCCGGGGCCCGAGCCCGGCCCGGUCAGGAGGAUUGCGGACAGCAGCGUGCAGACGGACGACGAGGACGGGGAGGGCCGCUACUUCCUGAGCCGGCGGCGCCGCACCCGGCGGAGCGCAGACUGCAGCGUGCAGACGGACGAGGAGGACAACGCCGAGUGGGAGCAGCCCGUGCGCCGCCGCCGGCCCCGCCUCUCCCGCCACUCGGACUCCGGUUCGGACAGCAAGCACGACGCUGUGGCCUCGUCCUCCACAGCCGCCCCCGCCAGGGCCACGAGCAGCGUGGGCAUCCAGACCAUCAGCGACUGCUCCGUGCAGACGGAGCCUGACCAGCCGCCCAGGGUCUCCCCCGCCAUCCACAUCACCGCGGCCACUGACCCCAAGGUGGAGAUCAUCAGGCACAUUUCGGCGCCAGAGAAGACCGGGCGCGGGGAGAGCCUGGCCUGCCAGACGGAGCCGGACGGGCAGGCCCAGGGCGGGGCCGGGCCGCAGCUCGUAGGGCCCGCCGCCAUCAGCCCCUACCUGCCCGGCAUCCAGAUCGUCACCCCAGGGCCCCUGGGAAGAUUCGAGAAAAAGAAGCCGGAUCCCCUGGAGAUCGGCUACCAGGCCCACCUGCCCCUGGAGUCCCUCUCGCAGCUUGUGAGCCGCCAGCCUCCCAAGUCCCCGCAGGUCCUCUACUCGCCAGUCUCGCCCCUGUCCCCACACCGGCUCCUGGACGCGUCCUUUGCUUCCAGCGAGAGGCUGAGCAAGGCUCACGUGAGUCCCCAGAAGCACUUCGCGGCCGACGGCGCGCUCCGCCAGCAGACGCUGCCUCGCCCCAUGAAGACCCUGCAGCGGUCUCUGUCUGACCCUAAGCCCCUCAGCCCCACCGCCGAGGAGUCUGCCAAAGAGAGGUUCUCCCUCUACCAGCACCAGGGGGGGCUGGGGAGCCAGGUGUCGGCGCUGCCACCCGACGGCCUGGUCCGCAAGGUGAAGCGGACACUGCCCAGCCCUCCUCCCGAGGAGGCCCACCUGCCCCUGGCUGGCCAGGCCCCCCCACAGCUGUACGCGGCCGGCCUGCUGCCCCGGGGGCUGCCCGCCGCCGCCCCGGCCAAGGCCAGCCUGCUCCGGGAGCUGGACCGGGACCUGCGGCUGGUGGAGCAUGAGUCCACCAAGCUGCGCAAGAAGCAGGCAGAGCUGGACGAGGAGGAGAAGGAGAUCGACGCCAAGCUCAAGUACCUGGAGCUGGGCAUCACACAGCGCAAGGAGUCUCUGGCCAAAGACCGGGGCGGCCGCGACUACGCGCCCUUGCGCGGUCUCGGUGAGCAUCGCGACUACCUGUCGGACAGCGAGCUCAACCAGCUGCGGCUCCAGGGCUGCGCCGCGCCCGGCCAGUACGCAGACUUCCCCGUCACCUCCGCGGUUCCCGCCACCCCCUCCGGCCCCGCUGCCUUCCAGCAGCCGCGGCUCCCCCCUCCGGCCCCGCAGUACUCUGCAGGCAGCGCUGGGCCGGCUCCCAACGGAUUCCCAGCCCACCAGGCACCUGCCUACCCCGGCCCCAGCACGUACCCAGCGCCUGCCUUCCCUCCCGGCACCGGCUACCCUGCUGAGCCUGGUUUGCAAAGCCAGCAGGCUUUCCGGCCCACAGGCCAUUAUGCAGCCCAAACCCCCAUGCCCACCACACAGAGCACCCUUUUCCCAGUCCCGGCCGACAGCCGUGCCCCCCAUCCGAAGCCACGCCAGACGUCACUAGCCGACUUGGAGCAGAAGGUGCCCACCAACUACGAAGUGAUCGCCAGCCCCGCCGUGGCCAUGUCCUCAGCGCCGUCGGAAGCCAGUUACAGUGGCCCCGUGCUGAGCAGCAGCUACGAGCAGAGCAAGGCCCCGGAGCUGCCCCGGGCCGGUGACCGCAGCAGCGCGGGCCCCGCCCCCACCUACCCCUCUGACUCCCACUACGCCAGCUUGGAGCAGAACGUCCCUCGGAACUAUGUGCUGAUCGACGACAUCAGUGAGCUGACCAAGGACAGCACCUCCACGGCCCCGGACAGCCAGCGGCUGGAGCCCCUGGGCCCGGGCGGCGGCGGGCGUCCAGGGAAGGAGCCGGGAGAGCCAGGGGUCCUGGAGGGGCCCCCCCUGCCCUGCUGCUACGCCCGGGGGGAGGAGGAGUCCGAGGAAGACUCUUACGACCCCCGUGGAAAGAGCGGCCACCACCGGGGCAUGGAGAGCGACGGCCGAGCAGCCAGCACCCACUACUACGGUGACAGCGACUACCGCCCAGGGGCUCGUGCAGACAAGUACGGCCCAGGCCCCGCGGGGCCCAAGCACCCCUCCAAGAGCCUGGCCCCGGCCGCCAUCUCCUCGAAGCGCAGCAAGCACCGGAAGCAGGGCAUGGAGCAGAAGGUCUCCAAGUUCUCGCCCAUCGAGGAAGCCCGGGACGUGGAGUCCGACCUGGCCUCCUACCCGCCCCCUGCGGGCAGCAGCGGCCUGGCCUCGCGCGGCAGGAGGUUCCAGGACGAGAUCACCUGCGGGCUCAAGAAGAACGUGUAUGAGCAGCAGAGGCGCUACGGGGCGGCCAGCCGGGACCCCUCGGAGGAGGACGACCGCGUGUACAGCGGGAGCGGCCGGUCCCGGGGCCCCGCUGCGUACAGUGGGGAGAAGCUGUCCAGCCACGACUUCGGCGGCCGGGGCAAGGGCUACGAGCGGGAGCGGGAGCGGGAGGCUGCGGAGCGACUUCAGAAGGCAGGCCCCAAGCCCUCCUCCCUGAGCAUGGCCCACGGCCGGGCCCGGCCCCCCAUGCGGAGCCAGGCCUCGGAGGAGGAGAGCCCCGUCAGCCCCCUGGGCCGGCCCCGCCCCGCGGGGGACGCCCUCCCUCCCGGAGACGCCUGCCCGCAGUUCUGCUCCAGCCACUCCAUGCCGGACGUCCAGGAGCACGCGAGGGGCGGCCCACGGGCCCACGCGCACAAGCGCGAGGAGGGCUACCUCCUGGACGACUCCCACUGCGUGGUCUCCGACAGCGAAGCGUACCACCUGGGCCAGGAGGAGACGGACUGGUUCGAUAAGCCCCGGGACGCCCGCUCGGAUCGCUUCCGGCACCACGGGGGCCACGCGGCCUCCUCCGCCCAGAAGCGCGGCCCCGCCAGGCACAGCUACCACGACUACGACGAGCCCCCUGAGGAGGGCCCGGGCCGCCACGCCGCGGCGAAGGAGCACCGGCACCACGGAGACCACGGGCGCCCCUCGGGCCGCCACGGUGGCGAGGAGCCGGGCCGGCGUGCUGCCAGACCACACGCUCGGGACCUGGGCCACCACGAGGCUCGGCCUGCCCCUCAGCCCGGCCCGGCCCCGGCCCCGCAGAAGAAGGGCCAGCCCGGGUACCCCAGCUCGGCCGAGUACGCGCAGCCGCCCCGUGUGCCCUCAGCCUACCACCCCGCCUCCGACAGCAAGAAGGGCUCCCGGCAGCCCCCACAGCCAAAGCCAGAACCCCAGCCGCAGCCGCAGCCGCAGGGUCGGCAGGCACCUCCAGGGCCUCAGCCGUCCCAGCCGCCUCCAUCCAGGCAGACACCCUCAGCAGCAGUGCGCGCGCCGCAGCCGCAGCCGCAGGUGCCCGGGCCGCAGCCCCCCCAGCAGACCCCGCAGGCGCGGCCGCAGCAGCAGGGCCAGCCAGCCGCCCGGGGUCCCGCCCCUCCCGCCAGCCAGCCAGCAGGGAGGCCUCAGCCCGGCCCCGGGGCCACGGCAGGCUCCCAGCCAGCAGGAGCGCCGCGGACAGAGCAGACCCCCGGCUCUAAAGGGGCGGCCAAAGCGGCCCAGCAGGGGAGGCCCCCACAGGCUCAGCCCCCGCCGGGACCCGGACCUGCAGGCACGAAAGCUGGAGCCAGGCCCGGAGGCACCCCGGGGGCUCCUGCUGGCCAGCCAGGGGCCGAGGGGGACAGCGUGUUCUCCAAGAUCCUCCCCGGGGGCGCCGCGGAGCAGGCGGGCAAACUGACAGAAGCGGUCUCUGCUUUCGGCAAAAAAUUCUCCUCGUUCUGGUGA